ACAAAGGUCAAAGUUGAGGUUCCUAUAGGGAGGGAAUCUUUGUGCUUAUGGGGUUUCCUUGGUUGGGGACUCUCUUGGGACCUUCCCUCUCGUCCCUCUCUUUCUAUCCCAACCUUUCUCUUGCUCCUCAAAUUCCUUGUGAGAUUCUUGAACUUUGAUUGAACUUUUGAGAUUGAAUGAGGUGCAGCAGCCUUCAAGACAGGUGGAGGUUGCAGUGUCAGAGGAGGAGAUGUCUGGGGUGACUGAGGAAGGGGGAGCAGCUGAAGUAGAGCAGCAGCAGCAGCAGCAGCAGCAUGAGUCUCCACCUCGAGUUCCACACCCGCCUGAGCGUCCUAGGAGGGAUGUGCGCCCUCCUGUGAGGCUGACCUAUGGGGGAAGAGGCAAGCCGAAUGUGGUGCAGGCUGGGAGUGUGGUUGAGCAGAUUGAGGAAGAUGAGAUCGCUCACUGCUACUGGGCACCAAUCCCUGAGUACAUGGCCUUACACCAUGGGGCCAAGGAAGUAGUGUGGCUAAGGCGUUUGUUGGAGGAGUUGGGAGUUGGUCAGGAGAAGCCGACAGUUGUGUUUUGUGACAAUGAGUCCGCUGUGAAGCUCGCCAAGAAUGCUUGUCUGCAUGGGCUGACAAAACACAUAAGGCCUAAGUGGCAUUGGGUGAGGAGAAUCCUUGAUAAGGAGGUGCGGCUGGAGAUAGUGAAGACCCAUCAGCAGGCAGCAGAUAUUUUCACUAAGCGUCUGGCGGAAGCGGAUCAUUGGAAGGGCAUGAAGCUUGCUGGGAUGAGUGUGCAUUGAGUAUGCAUGCUUGAGAUGUGGUAUGGUCGAUGAUGGUUGGCAGCCAGAGGGGGAGAUUGUUGUGUGAUGUCAUCAUAUGCUAUCACAUUCUGUCUGCCUCCCAUCCCAUGUUUUCAACUUGCAU